AUGAUGCGGGAUAGCAGCGGUGGGGAUUUCGCGGCGACGGUCAUCCCAAUUACCCGGAGCUUGAUAUUCUGGGAAUGCACGGAGGUCCGUAGGUGGCUGGAAGCGCUUCAGUUCGAUUCCCAGACGCUUUCGGCGGUGUUUGAGAAGCGAGUUAGCGGCGCAAACCUGAUCUCCAUGGUCAACAGCGACCGCCUGGGCGAGCUUGGCAUCACGAGGCUCACGAGGGCACAGCUCUUGUGGAACCUUAAGCGACGAAUCGACAAGGGUGACCAGAAGGCGGGUACAGCCGUCGACCCGACCGUGUUUCUGGGCGUGGAGGAGCGGCUGGAGGAGCUGGAGCAGGGGGGCGGUGGCGGUGGAGGAAACGCGAGCUACAGGCCUUACAGCGACAACCCCGACAGCGCCUCGCAGCAGCAAAUGGUGCGGGCAAUGCCCUCUCCGAAAAGGGUAGGGGGAGGCUUACCCGUGCAGUCGGAGGGGGCAGGAAGCGGCGAGGGGGAUUUACUGGACUUGAUGUCUAUGGACAUUGGUGGCGACGGCGGGGGCGCGGAGGGUUCAUCGCCAGAAAGAGCACCUGAGGACGGGUCUAGCGCCAAUGAAGGGGACACCUUCCUUGCCAUAGAGGCGGCGCCCCAGUCUGCCCCCGCACUGGCGGCGGCGGCGGCGGCGGGAACAGGAGGAGGAACUGCAACCCAAGCGAAGAAGAAGAAGAAGGCGAAGUCGGCGGGGAAGAAGACGUUCAACCUCAUCGAUUUCGACGAGGAGGGGGAGGAGGACGGGGGUGCGGGCGAGGAGGAGGGAGAGGGGGGUGACGCAGAGGAAGAGGAGGAGGAAGAGGUGGCAUACUCUGAGGGGGCAAUUGGGCCGGAGGCUACCGUGUUUGAGGUGGUCUUCCCGCCGGGACGCACGCCGAACAUUCUCUUGGAGGAGAGCCAGCCGGGCAAUAAGCUGACGGUGAAGUCUUUCCCGAAGAGGGCGGACGGCAGCAGGGGCACCGCGGAGGCUGACGGUAAGAUAGAGAAGGGAGACUUCUUGCUGGCGGUCAACAGCAUCCGACUGGAGGGCUUGGGCUUCAACGACGCCAUCAGGGUGCUCACAACGCAGCAGUGGUGGUGGUGAUCUUGCUGCUAUUGUUAUCGUUGGCGGCAACGGCGGUGAUGAUGUGGCGCUCUUGCUGCUUCUUCUGCACUUCUUUGCGGAGUUUUUCCACAAGUAGUUUUCUGCUCAGAAUUCCGCCGCCGCCGCCCCGUGAUACGAUCCACCCGCUCCGUCCAUCUUGCUUUCGGUCCUUCUGUAUCCCAUUGCAACUGCAACACCAACGGCCAACCAAUGCAAUGCAACGACGUUACCAGGGUUACCCGCUGUCGCUAAGGUUCCGCCGCGUGCCGAAGCACCUGAGGGGUCACAAUCUGGAGAUCUGGUCGGUGAACGCUCUCAGGACCGUUCUUUUGGAAGAGGGUGUUGAACUCACGGUGAGAGCCUUACCCUUACCCUUACCCUUACAAUACUGACUUUUUUGUUGUCUUGUGCUCUGUCUCUUAAUGUCUUGUUGCUACUUUUCUUCUGAGACCGAGAGCGUCAAACCGGGAUUGGGGUUGCAUUCAUUUGCCGUUACUUGUCGUGGUUAUUUAUUUCUUUGUUCGGGUUGACCUAACGACGAGCUCGUCAUUGCCCUGGCUCUGAAAGAAGAGGGGUCAAGACCAUUCGCUCUGUUUUGUUUUGUUUUUAUCUUCCUAACAUGACCCAACGAAUCCAUCUCUA